AUGCCUCGCAAAGCAAACGUCACGGUCGCGACUCCCACACCCGGCGAAACCGACUCCUCCCCCGGCCUGACCGACAACGAGAUGCGCUUCAUCAAGGCCGUCUUUGACAACAUGACGCAGAGGCCCGACGCGAACUGGGAGAGCGUGGCUGCCGACCUGGGGUUGAAGGACGCCAAGUGCGCCAAGGAACGCUUCCGGCAGAUAGUCAAGAAGGUCCCGCGGACGCCUACCAAGAAGACGGCCAAGUCGGCCGCCGCGGUGGAGAAGAGCGACGAGGAGGAGGACCAGGCCGCGGCGGAGUGA